AGUUUGAAAGUGACGUCAUAAUCAUGCGACUGCGGCUGUCACAUAAUCAUGGAUAACAUGUGAACCGGUUUCUGCAAAAGUAUCACAUAUGAAGGUUUGUGAUGAGUUGCAGGACAUAACCCGUAAUCAGUGAGUCCUGGUCUGAUUCUGUUGACCUGUCGCCAUGGCCAGUCGUGUUCUGGGGAGAUGUGGCCGUUUGCUGUGCCUUGCUUCACUUCAGGCUCCUGCAGUCACCGCCCGCCUGUUGCCAGCUGUGGCUGCAGAGGUGCAUAGGUUUCCUCUAUGGGCGACAGCAGGAGGGAGACUCAUGUGUGAGGCAAGGACAGUAAAGAAAAAAGACGAUUUGCCUCUUAUGCCCACACGCACACGUCUGGAGGAGCUGAUGGAUCGAGCUGUUGAGCCAGAGGACAUCCUGCAGGCUUGGGCAGAGAAUUCAGGAACAGGCAACCAAGCAGGCAUUUCCCUUAAAAGGUGGACUCAUUUGGUGAUAAAAACAAAGGGCAAGUUUAAGGAACAACCCCCCGAACUGUUGGAAGAUCCAAGACUGAAGAAUAUGUUGAAAACUCUGUCUCAGCAGGUGUCGUUAGUGUGGAACAGCACUCUGGUGUCUGCUUUACAAGCUCUGUGGAUUAUGAACCUCCCCCCCACAGAUCCAGUGCUGAAUUCUGUUGAAACCGAGAUCCAGUGGCGUAUGCGCAGACUCACCUACAAACAGCUGGCUCACCUGAUCGAUUGGGGUAUUGGCCGGAAAGGACCACAGGAUGUGGUCAUAGUCCAAGCUGCUAUGAAACAGCUUGAGCUACGUUGGACUGAGAUUGCUGAUGUUAGAUCAGUCAGUACAUUAAUAUCUAAAGGGGAGCAGAUGGCACCUACACUUCUGGACAGACUGGAGGAUAAGGCUUUGGAGUUAGCUGAAGCUUUCACAACAGAAGAUAUUCGUAAAGUCUGUGUAUCGUUGGCAGCCCAGAGUCGGCGCUCUGUCCCUAUUCUCAGAGCUUUGUCAUACCACCUUCUGCAGAAGUCAUCGUCAGAGUUCACCACUCAUCUCAUGCUGGAUAUGGCAUUUGCAUAUGGAAAACUGAACUUCCACCAUACUCAGGUGUUUCAGCGCAUGGCCUCAGAGCUCUUACCCAGAAUCCCUGAGCUCAGCCCUGUUGAAGUCACUCGUCUAUCCAAGUCCUUUGGUUUCCUUAAAUGGCUUCAUCUUCCUCUGUUUGAGGCCUUUGCUGAGCAUUAUACUUUAAACAGUGAGAAAUACAAUGUUUUUCAACUCUCCAAUCUCCUCAUGACAUUUGCUCGACUUGGUUUCCAGCCAAGCAAAGGAGAUGAGUUCUAUACAAAGGUUCACUCAUCCCUGAAAGACUCUUUCUCCAGAUUUGAGCCUUUCCUGCAGACAGAUGUGGCGUGGUCCUUGUGUGUAUUGCAGCAGGCUAAACCACAGUAUCUGAUCCCUCUAUUACAGGAGCGACACAUCUCCACUUUCACAGAUGCAUCCCCAGCUCGCAGAGAUAACUAUCGGCUGAAGCUCCUACAUGUUGCUGCCACUCUUCAGUUAGAACAUCCAGAGUCUUUCAACACACAACCCUUUCAAAAUGUUCUGGAUGCCCUUCGACACCAAAGCCCCAGCUCCCACCUCUCACCUCUACAGACCAGCCUUAGACAAAUCCUACACAUUCUGGUGGACAGCAGAACAGAUGCUCUCCGUGUGGGUGUUGACACAGUCUAUGGUUGGACUAUUGAUGGUGAAAUAGUUGUGGACAAUGACAACAAGCCAGUGAGCUUGUUGCCCUUCAAAGCCUCACAUUUACCCAGUGGAGGAGGACAAGAAAAUUUACCUGAUGGAGCGCACCGAGUUGCUUUCUUGCCCUGGGAAUUUCCAAACUUCUGCUCAAAGAGUAAAGACCUCUUGGGACGGUUUGUUAUGAUGAAGAGACACCUUCAGCUCGCAGGCUUCAUCACAGUGGAGGUACCAUAUUACGAGUGGUUGCAGCUUAAGAGUGACUACCAGAAACUGUCAUAUUUGAAGGAUAAAAUCGGUAAAGCUGUGGCAGAAGACAUGGCCAAGUGAAAGGGACGGCGAUAGUGCAGGCUCAGCUAAAUGAGAGCUUCCCUGACUCAAUGAGACCACAGGGAAUAUACACACAAACACCCACGCUCACAGCAUUGCAGAAAAAUACCGGAUCAUAUUUUGUUAAGGAAAGAAAUAUAAAUAUAUAUAUGGUUUUGGUUCCCGUGGCAACGUGUGGGGCUUUCCCUGUUUCCAUAGAGAUGAUGAGCAAGAGGUUUAGGAGGCAAAGAGACAGAAAUAAACACAACUGCAAGGAAAAAUUAUCUUAUCAACUUCUGCAAGAAAGAUGUCAAUGCAGAAUCCUGUAGGUCAUUGGAAAAAGCAUUGUCUUCAUUGUCUUGGAUUAUUUAACUCUUCUUAAACAGAAUGAACAUGAUUGGAGGCAUUGUGUGAUGAAAUAAAAUGUUUUAUUGCAUUUUUGAAGCUGGAUUCUGUCUUUGUGGGUUAGGUAUGUGGAGAUGGAAAUGAAAAAUGAGGUACGAUAAUUUGCUUC